AGCGUAUCAAAAUCAGUAGUAGUAAAAACAGAUGAAAUCAGUUAAAUAUUUAAAUAAAAAAAAUUUACAAAAAAAAUAUAAAUCUAUAAAAACACAAAAAAUAGAGAAUAGGAAAAAUGGCCUCAAUAAUAAAUGCACCUCAAGCCCAGGGCAUUGCCGAAGCCAUACCGGCAUGGAAGAAGUUCGACUGGAGCUCGGAUAUACAACAUGAUAUCUACAGAGACUGGGGCAAAUACUAUUUCAACCGGCGCAGGGAGAAUAUGGCGACGCACUAUUAUACGCAGGCAUUGACCCUGGAUGAAAGCGAUUAUAUGACUCUAUAUCAGCGCAGCAAGGCGCUGAGAGUUGCAGCCCAAAUCGAGCGAUCAUUGAAGGAUGCAAGAAAUGCUUCAGCCAUGGCCAGCAAGAAAAUGGGGCCUAAUGCACCAAUUAAUCUACAGAUUUGCGAUGCACUCUUUGACCUCAACGAAUUUGAGCAAAGUAUGGCCGAAUGCUUCGACAACACGCAAGCCUUUGUCGGCGUCAAGUCGGAAAAGUUUGAAAGUCGAUUUGAUGUGGUGAAUGAUGUCAUCAAAGAUGUCACCGGCAAGUCCAUGUCGUUGUUCUACUUGAAAAAUUCCAAACUGAUCGCACGGGUUAGAGAGAUAAACAAAGCCAAAGAGAUCAUUGACGAUCGGCCGAGGUGGAAGAUAUUGAGGGAUUUGGGAAAAUGUGAUAUACUCAGCAUACCAGAAGUGGAGGAAGAGAUUCUUUCGCCACUGGAAAUAGCUCGUAGAGCGCGUGCUUUCAACGUUAUACAUCAGACGUAUCUGAAUGAUUCGUGGGCAGAUGUUCUGUUCAUGAAACAGUUGAGCAACAAUCCCAACUUGCUGCUGGACCAGUGCAAACGUUCCAAGAAUUUCCUGAAUGCUCUCUCACAUAGGCAAUACGAUAUUGUCCGACAGUUUAUGAAAAUGUUGCAAUCUCGUAAUCCAUUGUACCACGUUAGCUACUUGAAGUUUCCAAAUAGGAAAAUGCUGGAAAUGAACAAGCAGGCGUAUCUUUUCCGCAUUCAAUACCAGACACAUCGCAAUAUGAUUGCCAAUCUAAGAGAAAUUCGUCGGCUGCGAAAUGAGGGGAGAGUUAAGAGUCUCUCGCAGUAUAUUGAGAAAAUCAUGGGUGAUUAUUAUGUGACGAAGACGAAUCGCGUCAUGUGCUGGAAAUUUGAGUUCAUCAAUGAGGUAUACAAUACCAUGGCACUGGCUCUGUGCGAACAGUAUCGUGUGCCGAAGAACUUCCGCUAUCAUCCGUUGUCAAUGUAUCAAUUGUUAUUGCUGCCCGCGGAUAAGCUCAAAGACGUAACGGCAUUUGUGUUCGGCGAUCGUUCCACAUACCAAGAUGGCGAUGUUCAAGAUCCUGUUGCUGCAAAUUCACGAAAACUGAUUGUUCGCAUGGAGAGACGAAUUUUAUUCGCAAAGUAUUCGAUUGAGAAAUGUUACCUCCUGCAUCAGAUUGCGAACGUUCAUCUGACACAAGGCCGAUAUGACGAGUGCUGUUUGAGUGCACGCAAAGCCGUCGAAGAAGCUCACAAUUGCAACAGCUUGUUGUGGACUUUUCUGAGCUACAUACAAGUGGUAAAGGCGAACACUGUGCAGCACAAGGUGGAAAAGACGAAGGAAGCUUUGGAUAAGGCUAUUCCCAUAGCGCAACAGCUAAAAAAUCCCGAUUUGAUCAAGUUUAUGGAGGUUUGCAAGACAUGCAAUGAAGAGGAUACCGUCAAGAAGCAAAGCAUUGUUUCAUCGCGUCGGAACAGCAAGCCUUCGAUCAACACUUCUAACAAUGAAGAUGAUGAUAUUAUCAUUAAAUAAUAUAUGCAUAGACAAAUCCAAUGUGUAUCACUACUCGAAUUAAAUGUACAUUGAACUAGUUCAA